AUGGCUUCAGAUAGUCUUACAGUACUGAAUGCACUUGACACAGCACGAACCCAAUGGUACCAUGUGACAGCUGUUGUCAUUGCCGGAAUGGGAUUUUUUACUGAUGCAUACGAUCUCUUCUGCAUCACGACAGUCUCUAAACUUUUAGGCCGUUUGUACUACUACGACCCGGCUACCCAUGCCCCGGGCAAAUUGCCUCAUAGUGUUAACAAUUGGGUGACCGGAGUUGCACUUGUUGGUACUCUGACUGGUCAACUUGUGUUUGGAUGGCUCGGGGAUAAACUUGGUCGAAAGAAAGUUUAUGGACUUACAUUGAUUCUCAUGGUCAUUUGUGCACUUUGCUCGGGGUUAUCCUUUGGGUAUAGUCGAAAAGUUGUAAUAGGAACACUCUGUUUCUUCAGGUUCUGGCUUGGAUUUGGAAUUGGAGGAGAUUAUCCUCUUUCUGCUACAAUCAUGUCUGAGUACGCGAAUAAGAGAACACGUGGAGCGUUUAUUGCUGCUGUUUUCGCUAUGCAAGGAGUUGGGAUCAUAUUUGCCGGGCUUGUUUCAAUGAUUGUGUCUAAAGUUUUCCUUAUGAAUUUUGGGGGUAAAGCGUUUACUACUGAUGAAGUUUUCUCCACGGAACCUGAGGCAGAUUAUGUUUGGCGGAUCGUGUUGAUGCUUGGAGCUCUUCCGGCUCUUCUUACCUAUUAUUGGCGAAUGAAGAUGCCUGAAACAGGGCGUUACACUGCCAUUAUUGAAGGAAAUGCUAAACAGGCGGCGAUUGAUAUGGGGAAGGUACUUGAUAUUGAAAUUCAAGCGGAGGGAGAAAAAUUGGCUAAAUUUAAAGCAGCUAAUGACUACUCUUUACUCUCCAAUGAGUUCUUCAUGCGCCAUGGACAUCAUUUACUUGGUACAAUGACUACUUGGUUCUUGUUGGACAUUGCUUUCUACAGCCAAAAUCUCACACAGAAGGACAUAUUUCCAGUCAUGGGACUCACUAGCAAAGCUAACACGAUAUCCGCCUUGAGGGAAAUGUUUGAGACAUCGCGAGCUAUGUUUGUGAUUGCCUUGCUAGGUACAUUCCCUGGUUACUGGUUCACAGUAUUCUUCAUCGAGAAAAUCGGCAGGUUUAAGAUACAAUUGAUGGGGUUCUUCAUGAUGUCUAUUUUCAUGGCGAUUAUUGGAGUCAAAUACGAUUACCUAAAGACUAAAGAACAUAAAUGGACAUUUGCAGCUCUUUAUGGUUUAACUUUCUUCUUUGCCAACUUUGGCCCCAAUUCAACCACAUUCGUGCUCCCCGCGGAGCUAUUCCCUACAAGGGUGAGAUCCACUUGCCAUGCCCUGAGUGCCGCGUCUGGAAAGGCAGGGGCAAUGGUUAGUGCAUUUGGGGUGCAGCAAUACACACAAGACGGAAAUACUCAUAAAAUCAAGAAAGCCAUGUUGUUUUUGGCAUUCACAAAUAUGCUUGGAUUUUGCUGUACCUUCUUAGUGACGGAGACAAAAGGCAGGUCACUAGAGGAAAUUUCAGGGGAGGAUGAGAAGCAGAACGAGACACAGAUGAAGAGAAAUAAGACUGACUCUGGCCGCCAGGACGAUGGAUGGGAUUGA